AUCCUUUACAGCGCCGAGGGGCAAAUCACUGCUAGAAAGUAUGCAUGACUUUAGGACUUUCGAAAGUUCCAACAUGUUAUGACUCUUAUAUGGACUGAUUUUCUUUGGAGUGAUUUUCCUUGGAUGGUUAUAAUUGACUUUUGCUGACAAAAACCUUCAGUUGUUCAAAUGCAUUCAGUUGUGUCUAUUUUUAUUUUUUAUAGUCGCCAACGUCAUUGAAAGUAACCUUAAAACAAAUUAGGGAAGGAGCAAAAUUGCGAACUCUUUUUGAAUGUCUAAUAAUGGAAUAUCGCCUGUGUCAACGCUUUAUGGUAAAUACAACUUUUGACUUCUGUUUUUGUUAUGCAAAAAUAUGUAAUACCACUUUCACUUGUUAAUACCACUUUAAUUCACUUCUAAAACCACUUUCACUUGUUAAAUAUUUCUACAAGGUUAACCUAGAAAUAACCCUAUUUGGAUUAACUUAAUAUUCCUGGUUAAAUUUCCUGGUUAUUUUACUAUAUUCUAGUUCAUAAUCGUUUGAUCACGACUUCCUGGAAAUUAAAUUAACAAGACUAUUGACCGAAUCGAAAACUAGUCGCCACAAUUUUACUUUAAAGCAAAGUGUAAGCGUUUAAGAAUGAAAACAAUCCAUGCAAGCAAAAUUAUAGCCCCAUGAAAUAUGCAAGCACCAUAACGAGGCUAGUCAUUUUUCUUCGCUAAGUCUAGCACAAGCUCUGCUAUUUUUGAGAUUUAAUUUCCCAAAUAGAAUACAUGCAUCUGUUAUUAUAUUUAUUUUGUCUCUGCAACUUGCAUCGUAAUUUCGGAUACAGAGCCAUGUUAUGUAAAUAAAAUAUAGUCACAAAGAAAUUGUGUGCAUGGCUCGUAUUCUGUCGACACUUUCUUAACCUGCGUGGCAGACGGUCAGCCCGUCGCCGAACACCUGAAAGCAGACGAGGGGAAGGAAGCGCAGGCUAACUUCAGGCUAACACUUUCUUUACAUAACAUACUCGUAAGGGAUGAAAUAUGAAAAGAAGAUGAGGUGGAAAGUGUUGGCAGAGUAAACCGUGAGCUAACUUCACAAUUCCUCGAUAACACUAUGACAGACACUAUGUCUGAAAUUCCGUUGCAAAUUGCUGCAAAAAUGCCUCUUAUAAUAUGACCAUUAUAUACUGAUUUUUUGAAUUUGUCUUUCUACCAGAGCGAUAAAGAUUUCUAUGAAGGUAUACGUGCUGGUAAGCUGAUUUUCAAUGGAAAUUUUGAACGCAAAAUCUUCAAUCAUAACAUGGCACUCGUAACAUCAAAACAAUUUGUUCAAACAUACAAAAAUUGGAAAAUUAUUCAUUCAAAGAUUUUAUUUUUUCUUUAGUUUUAAUUGAUAAAGACAAUCAGCCUAAGUGGAACCCCGGCACAUUACAAGAUGUUACGACCGACAAAGUUGACUCUUAUUUUGCCAGUUUGGGAGAAAAUGAAUUAGAGUUUUAAGACAGAGGGUAAUUAUGGUGAGACCGAGGAGUACUGGUAUAUAAAUAUGCAUAGCGCACGUAAAAAAAUAAUAUGCAU